GUACGGCGAACCUCCCACCAUGAGCGACAAAAGCGUCAUCCCCAAACUCCAAACAUCACUCGCAAACGUCGGCAUACUUGAAUCAACCUGAUGAAUCCGCAUUUGCUCCGGAGCCAUAAAAUCCCACGUCCCACCCGCGUCGGACGCCGAAUCACCUUUCGCUGGCAUAAACGCAGCAGAAAAAUCUAUAUAUCUCGCUCUCACCACAGCCCGAUUUUUUCCUUCUUCUUCUCCCGUAUCUUGUUGUUGUUGUUGUUGUGAAAUUUCGAGGAGGAUGUUCGCGGGUUUGAUAUCGGCGUGUAUAACCCCCCCAGCAGCAUUCGAGUGUAAAAAUUCCAAACCACUGAUUAAAUCAAACGCUAUACUCGGAAAGAGACUGAUCAGCUCCAUGUGGCGUGCGACUUCCGGCAUGACUCGUAAUCGGCUUGUUAAGUCUUCGAGAGAGCCUCCGGUUAUGGCUUCGAAUACCAGCGAUGAGUUUCGCAGGUCGAGACCGUGGAAUGGUACGAUGUAUACAUUUGCGCCAGAGCGGCGUUGGAGAUGCGAUAGGACGCGGGCUUCUUGGUGGAAUAUUUUUCGUGCGUCUUGGCGGGCUGGGGUUUUAAUUGCGAAUAGGAGCGGGGUGGAGGAAGUUCUUGACUUUCUUCUGCGUGGGGAUGAUGAUGAUGAUGAUGAUGAUGCCGGGAUAGUAGUCGUCGUUUUCUUCGGUUUUGCUAAGUAGACGGUCGACCACAGACCCUGGCCUAACACUUUCGCGCGUUCUAGCUCGUAGUCGAGUGUGGAGAAGUCGUAGGUGAGAAGCACGUCUGGAUUUUCAUCGACUUCUAGAGAACUUCUUUGGCUUGAGAGUGAGGUUUGAGGUGUUUCCGGGGAGCCGAGAUCUUCGUCUUCCAAGGAGGGUCGUGGACUUUCUUGUUCUAACGUUUCGUUUUCUUCGGAAUCUUCGAGUGGACUUGUAGGAGUGAAGUGUGCGUUGUCGAUGGUAUGGGUGUGAGAAAUCGAUUUGUGUCUUGGGUAAAUUCCGUCUGGGGUUUCUUCGAAGUCUGCGCUUCGGUUUCCGGCUACGCUGUAUGUCCUCAUUCGAAGGGGGAGAGGUCUGCUUCGGGGUUUUCGCUGCUGCUGUGGCGUCGUGACGCUAUCGACAAAAUGUACCAUGAGGGAGCGAGGGGGCCAGUUUAUAGGAGGCAUUUGGUGAGAACCAAACAAAUGUGGAUUGUCGGUUAGAUGUAUAUGUCAGAUCUUCGACGAGCAAGCCAUUUUUUUCUUCGCGUCCAAACUAGAUCCAGAUUCUCGGGGCCAAUACUGUGCGCGGAGGAGGAGGAAGAAGGAGAAGUAGCAGCAGAGGUUGGUGAGGUCACGAUACGACAACGACCACGGGAGUUACGGAAAGUAGCUUUGUACCCCAGUCCAGUCCAGCGUUCUCUACCAUCACACGUGUGGCACCAUCCACUACGACCGUACUUUCCGAACUUUUAA